AUGCUUCACUGUCACUACCCGCAGCCGAGCAGUGAGAAGGGCUGCGGCUUGCGGAGGAGCUUUUUUGAUGUGCCGGAGACGAAAAUUGGAGCUGCUAGGCAGGUUGGGAACCUGGCAGAUGUCCUGCCCAACGACUGGUUCCAGAACUUAGAGGCAAUCAAGCUUGUCCGAUCUCCCACUCUUGUGGUUCACGGGAAGGUCGAUGACCUGAUCCCACUGAGCCACGGAGAAGCCGGGAGCUCUCAGCGUGCAUUUGUCAAGGUUGGUCGAGUUUUCUUUUUACCAAACUUCAAGGUAUGA